AUGCCGCACUCCUUAGCAUCAAUGCUGCUCUUGUUGGCAAGCGCUGCAGCCCAAAAGCCACAGCUAGCACAAACACCACCGAUGGGCUGGAUGUCGUGGCAAGCCUUCCGGUGCGAAGUGGACUGCGCAAAACCAGACGCGUGCAUCAACGAGCGCCUGUACAAAGAAAUGGCCGACAGGCUCCGCGACGACGGCUACGUCGCUGCUGGGUACCGCACCAUCAGCAUCGACGAUUGCUGGGAGGCUGGCGUGCCAGGCAUGCUGCGCCGCCCUGGUGAACAACUGAUGAUGAACGCGACUCGCUUCUCCAGUGGGCCGAAAAGUCUAGCUGACUACAUCCACGCGCGCGGCGCAAAGUUCGGCAUCUACAGCGACGAGGGCACAAAAACGUGCCAGGGCUACUACGGUUCAGAAGGAUACGAAGACCUCGACGCCAAAACGUUCGCGGCCUGGGGCGUGGACUACCUCAAGCUCGACGGGUGUAAUAAUGACGCCAAGGGCUUCGCGACGGGCUACCCCGCGAUGGGCCGGGCGCUGCAGCAGUCGGGCCGCGACAUCGUGUACAGCUGCAGUUGGCCCGCCUACAUCGGGGACGACGAAUCCGUGAAACCGUACGAUGCGAUGUCCGAGGCUGGUUGCCACCUCUGGCGGAACUGGCACGACGUCCAGUGCGAGUGGUCUUCUGUCCGGACGAUCAUGAACCACUGGGGCAAUAACACGGCGGCCCUCGAGAAGGCCGCGGGCCCCGGACGCUGGAACGACCCGGCACGCCCCCGCGCUUAAAUUUACAAUUCAAGGUUCCUCCGCG